AUGUGGAAAUUCGUUCUCAUGCCCAACGAGAUCAAGGGCAUGGUGCUUGAUCUCAUGACAGCCAAAGACGUCUACGCCUUUACCAGAACAAGCAAAGACCAUUACGGGGCCUUCCGUGGAUUCCCCUGGAGGCGCUCAGAUCCGAUAGCCAGCACUGCACUUUCCCGGGAAAUCCGAAGAUGGGCGUUCGAAAACAAGCUCAUCCGAGAGAAGGCGGCCACGGAGAGGCCGCACAUCGCUACAGCCGAAUGUGAGAUCAACUACAUUCUACGCAUGAACCGUCGGGUACUGCAGCUGGGCCAUUUUUGGCUGGCCGUGGAACUGGCGGACUGCAGUAUCAUAUCGCGACUGGCUAAAGAAACCAAUAUUAAGGAAGAAUGGGAGGAGUUUAGAGACUUGGACCUGGAGCACGAGAAACGCCAAAUGUUCGAUGAUCUACUGAAGCUUUCACUAAAGCCUCCCACAAACGACCUUGCUGAUGCUGUUCUUGAUCUUCUCAAGAUUGACAAAUCACGUAAUGACGCCAAAGGAGCCGAUCGUCUCACUCAAGCCUUGCUUGUGGCGUGCCGCUUUGGCAACUUGGAACUGGUCCAAAAACUUAUUGCGCUGGGUGCCGACCCCGAAGGAGUGUUUGAGCGUGAAUGGCCGCUCAUGGUGGCUUGCAACACCGGGAAAAGGGAGUUAUUUGACCUUCUCCUCAAAAGCGGAGCCAGUAUAAAUGGAAGAUAUGUGAAGCCAUCUCAGAUUACAACUUUGGGAGCGGCGAUUAAAGGGAAUAAUGCCGAGAUUGUCCAGCAUCUCCUCGACAACAAAGCAUUCAUCCAAGAAGUGAACAACACGAUGUUUUGGGACGCGGACAAGUUGUUUCAGGGAGGUUCCGACUCCCGUGAACAACUUAAAAUCAGGCAAAUGUUAUACGAGAGGUUAGAUAUCAAGCGAGCAUGGUCCUUCCCCGACAUCCCGGCAUGGCUUCCUGGCGCCGUAAAAGCCAACAAAUUGGAUAUGAUGAAGCUGCUGUUGGAGCCUCUGUUGGAGCCUCUGUCGGAGCCUCUGUCGGAGCUUCUGUUGGAGCAGGCGGCAGAUGAACCGACUUCUCCCCCCAAGCGCUGGAAAGCGUACGACGAACUGCUGGGCAUCGCUUUGGAUGAGCAAUCUUACGAUGUGGUUGACAUUCUCCUCGACGCUUUCCCCCAAGUUUUUCGCUCCGAAAGACUCAACGCACUAUCAUGUAAAACCCGAGCCGGCAUUCUUGACAGAGCCAUGCAAACAGGCAAUAGUGCCCUUUUUUAUGCAGUUCUUUCAAUCAAGGACCUGAGAAAGCAGAAGGGAAAGGGCGAUACGCUCUUGCAUUACAUCAGAGAGCCGGGCGCAGCUGAGAAACUACUUCUUGCAAGUCACAUCAGUAUUGACGCUCUUUCAGAGUCGGGCGAAACUCCGCUGUCCACAGCCUGUUGUCAAAACAACAUGCAGAUGGUCGAAUUCCUACUUCGUCGAAAACAAGAUAUGGGAGCCAAAGAUCACCCGGGAUGCAAGUGCUUCCAAGUGGCCGUAGAAAAGGCAGAUGUCAAGUUGGUAUGCUUGCUUCUUGAGUAUGACGCCGAUAUAAGAUGUGGGAGUGCAGAUAUCGCCACAAAGUUGUCCACGGCUAUCCGCCAUAAAAAAUGGGCGGUACUCGAAGCUUUGCUUGUGAAAGGCCCGCCCGUAUGCCUUUCAGUCUUUGAAAGAGCGGUGGAAGGCAUGGGGGAAUUAGUGGAAUUUGCAACGCUGCUUAUUCGAUUGAAUAAAUACACAGAGGAUGUGGCGAGAAGACUAUUGGAUAUUGUGGUACAGGAUUCACAAGUCAAGCUCAGUAUCGUUGAGCGUCUGCUAGAAGGGGGAGCAGACCCGAGCCCAUCUCAAGAAGAUGCUCAAGAAGAUGCCCAAGGAUAUACUGAUAAAAUAGACCCGCCUAUAAGCUGGGCGUGUUUCCACGGACGCAAGGACAUCGCCGAGAUACUGUUCCAUCAUGGAGCUAUAGUUGAGAAUGAUAAAGACGGGACAUCACCUUCGAAUCCCCAAGCGUGGACGACACUUCAGGCUGCCGUUGCGGGAGGACAUAUAGAAAUGGUCCUUUGGUUGCUUGACGGCAAAGCAGACAUCUCCCCGACAAAAGGAGACCGAGAUAGUUGGCACAGCUUAUGCAUAGUCGCGGUCAAGGCGGGAAUCGGCAUGCUCAGAUUUCUCCUUGAGCGAGGCAAAGCGUAUCUGUCGCGUGACAGCAUUGGGGACAUGCUGAAGGAGGGUGUGCAAAGAAAUCAAGUCGAGAUUGUCCAAUAUUUGAUACAGGAUUUUGGUUUUACAAAGGCAGAUAUCGAUCGCAUGCAUCUCUUGCACAGCGCGAGACAGAACAGACGGAUGAUGAAGACUCUGCAAAACUACGGAGCUGACAUCAACUUUUGA